AUGUGCAAAUGGUCCAUCAAAAUCAUCUCCACAUGUGCCCCUAUGAGGGAUGCGGCCAUCCAGGCACUGACAGCCCACAUUCGCUCCGUGCACACGAACGUACGACCGUACGUUUGUGAAACAUGUGGAAAAGCAUUCGUUCGUCGUAAUGACCUGAAGAUGCACACGUUAACCCACACUUCUGAGACGGCAUUC